AUGUUGCAGCUCCGUGGUUUGCUCAGUGUAGUCAUAAAUCUAUUAGUUUUUGAUGGUAUUUUUGAGAACGAGGGUUUUAGAUUUGUUGUAGAUGGGAAAUCGCUUUGUAUGAGUGUGGCAGUGCUGUUGUGUUUUGGUGGCAUGAGAGCUAUGGGUGGGGUGGGGGGCUUGGACGUCGUCGUUGGGGUGGAGACCUUCCUGGAGGCGACGGCGGAUAUGGCGGAGGCGGCCAUGGCGGCUCGAAGGCUCCAACGUCAUCCCGCCCAGCUUGUUGGCGUCGGCUCUCUGCCAGGCACCGGCGGAGGCGGCGCUGGAGGCGCUGGGGGCUACGGCGACGGAGGCGGAGGCGGCCACGGGGGCUCGAGCGGCGCCAGCGUUGUCCAGGCUCAGCUGGUGGGCGUCGGCAGCCUUCCCGGAGGUGGCGGCGACGGUUAUGGCGGCAACAGCGGAGGCAACGGAGGCGGCUAUGGCGGCGGCGGCGGCGGCUGGUGA